AUGGAUCAUAAUGGUACAAGUCAAGAGGCAGAGCACCUUUGCGUGCUUGUUCAUGGAUUAUGGGGGAAUCCGAAUCAUCUCGAGGUGAUGGCCAAGACUUUACGACAGAAAUACCCAGCGGAGCAGUUACAUAUCCUCGUCCCCAAAGGAAACAGCGGAAACUUUACAUAUGAUGGCAUCGAGGUUGGUGGCGAGCGCGUUUGCUACGAAAUCGAAGACGAGAUAGAAACGUUGAAGAAUAGAGGCCAGCAAAUAAAGCGGAUCUCUUUUGUGGGAUAUUCCCUGGGAGGAUUGGUUGCUCGAUAUGCUGUCGGCUUGCUCGAUUCUAGAGGAGUGUUUGAUAAUAUUGAGCCAGUGAACUUUAGUACGUUUGCAAGCCCUCAUUUAGGCGUCAGGACACCUUUGCGCGGAUGGCAUAACCAUAUAUGGAAUGUUCUCGGGGCUCGUAUGCUUUCCGCUUCAGGUCGCCAAUUGUUCACAAUAGACAAAUUUCGAGAUACAGGAAAACCACUUUUAGAAGUCCUCGCGGAUUCAGAUUCGAUCUUUAUCAAAGGUCUAGCGAAAUUCAAACGAAGAACUUUAUACGCAAACAUCAUCAACGAUCGAAGCGCCGUUUACUACACCACUGGAAUCGCAAAACAAGACCCGUUUGUGAAUCUAGGAAAGAUCAAAUUAAAUUACCUAGAAGGAUACAGCGAUGUUAUCCUCGACCCCCGCCAACCUGUCGCACCCCUCGAUUCAGAAGAACCCCAAUUCUCAAUCUACGAACGAGUUCUCAAAAGCAGCCAAACCACAUUUGGCCGUCUCCCCUUCUUCCUCGCCAUCAUUUUCCUCCUUCCCAUAGGCAUCGCCGCGUUCACCAUCAACGCUGGCAUCCAAUCCUUCCGCAGCACCCGCCGAAUCAAACUCUACGAACGCGGUCUCGCCGGCAUCGAACCAGGAAAUUACCGCGUCCCUCUCCUCUUUAGCGGGAUGCGCGACGCGGUCGAAGGCGCUUUCGAAGGGCUAAACAGCUCACAAAGUAACGAAUACCUAGUCGAAGGAACCGAAGAAGAAUCAGCUCCAGACUCACCAAGUUCGAAAUCUUCUUCUCACGAGUCGAUGGAGAAGGGUAAUGAGAAUAGACCGCAUGAUCCGCCGACCUUGGCCUUAGCACCUUAUCAAUUCAGGAUGGUACAGGCGCUUGAUAGUGUCGGCUGGCGGAAGUAUCCGGUGCAUAUUCAUAAGGUGAUGCAUAGUCAUGCGGCUAUCAUCGUGAGGAGUGAUCGAAAGGGGUUUGAGGAGGGCAAAGUGGUGUUGAGACAUUGGUUGGAUGAGGAGUUUAUUAUUUGA